AUGCCGAUUUGCCAGAUGAACAACCCUUCGGCUUUAAUUCAAACGGUGCCAACUCUUGAUGGAAACUCGGUCACGUUCCCCUCUUGGCGAAAUCGACUCCAAAAUGUCAUACAAAUCCAAGGGGUCCUCAAUAUUGUCAACAAGACCUUACCUUGUCCGAACAACACCAACUCAAAGGAAGGGAAACUCUCUAUUCGCUCUCUGGAGCAACGUGGCUACAAUCCCAAAGACUACGGCGCCGAUUGGGACGCUUUCAAACUCUUUACGACUAUCUGUGAUGCAUAUGAAAAGAACACCCGAGCCAGACAAAUCCAACUUCAGGAGGCCUUUUGGACUGCCCAACACGAUCCAAGUCAGCCAGUUGCGAAGUGGAUCGCCCGGCUUUGUAUGGCGGCGUCGGAUCUAUCGAGCGUUAAACUCACACCUGCCGAUCAACAGAUUUGCAACCGACUUGUCCGUGGCCUCGACGACUCGUGGAAGACGAUCAGGGACCAUCUUGUAUAUUCCCCAAACAAAGUCUUGCUCGACGACGCAAUUGGAGCGCUCGAAGCUCACGAGAUCUCGACAACCACAUCGCUAGACCACUCUGACCACGUACAUGCCGCUGCCAUCGCCAAGGCUAAAGGGAGACCCCGAUGCUACACCUGCGGAGAAAAGGGCCAUCACUCAACCGACUGUCCAAGUAAGAAGAAGAACAUGAAGGCCUCUGCGAAGUCAGUUGAAGCUCGUGCAGGCGCAACCACGGUGGCUCAGUUAGGCAACUACGACUCCAAUGAAGAAGACAAUGAUAGUUUUGACAAUGAAAUUGACGUCUGGGGAUAA